AUGGCGAAUCGACUAAAAACAUAAAUCCAAUUUAGUGAUGAUUAAUCUAAUUCGAAUUCAUUUGAAACUAAUGAAACCAAAAGAUUUGAAGAUCAUUAUGAAUGUCUAUAGACAAUAGGUAUGAAAAUAUAGUAAUAAUGAGUGUAGGAUAAGGAGCUCAUGCAGUAGUAAAGACAGCAAAGAAAAAAGGAACAGAUGAGAUAUAUGCUGUAAAAAUAAUACGUUCAGGAGAUUAAGAAAUAUAAAAUAAUGUUAAGAGAACAUUCAAUAAUACUAGAUGUCUAAAACAUUCAAAUAUUGCUCAGGAUAUUGAAUUAUAUAUAAAUGAGAAAAGUGAAACCUCUUAUUUAGUUAUGGAAUAUUGUAAUUUUCCCAGUUUAGAGAGUGUAAUAAAACAGCGUACAUUGACAAUAGAAGAAUUGAAAGUGAUUAUAAAAUAAUUGUUGUUUGCCAUCUAGCAUUCUCAUUCAAAAGGCAUAUGUCAUAGAGAUCUUAAACCUGAUAAUAUACUUGUUAAUUUGGAUGAGAAUAGUAUUCCACCUCAUGUAAAACUUGUGGAUUUUGGUGUCUCUCGUAGAUUUGUAUCCAAAGGAUAAGAAAUUGAUAUGUUAACAAAAACAGGCAAUAUAUUUUACUGCGCUCCUGAAAUAUAUCAUAAGAGCAGCUAUUCAAAAGAAGUAGAUAUCUGGGCCAUAGGAGUCAUUAUUUAUUAAUGUACUUUUCAAAAAUUACCUUUACAUUCUAAUGAAAUAUCAGAAUUUGUUGAUUUAUUAAACAAUCCAGAUAAAUGGACAUUCAAAGAAUCUUUAUGUAAUAUUGAAUUACCAUUAUCAAAUCUAAUAUUGUCAAUGUUGAAUCCAAAAUAAGAAAAUAGAAUAACAGCGGAAGAAGCUAUUAAACAUCCAUUUUUUGAAAUUGGAACUAUACGUGAUGUUAUGGCUAUGUUAAAUUAAGAUAAUAAUGAACGUGAUAAUUGUGGGAGAUGUAAAUCAUUAUAAAAUAGUUUAAAAACAAAUGAAUUAUGGGGAAAUAUGAUUAAGAAGUUAUAAAAUAGUGUUAAUGAGAAUGAAAAUAUUAAUAUUAAUGAUUUAGUACAAGAUUUUGGGAAUAUUCAUAUUAUCCAAAGACAUACAGAAAAAUGUGGUUAAAUCCAAUUAUUGAAUUCAGUUGGAAGUAGUAAUGCUUUUAUGAGUAAAUUGGGAUCCAGACAAGAAAUACUUGAUAAAAGUUGCGGUCUAUAAUUUUGUGGUUCAUCAAGUAUCACUAAUUUGAAAUAACUGUAUAGAUAAAACAAUCCAUUAAGAUCCAUUUGGAGAUAUUUGCAAUAUACAAAGUAGCUUAGAGAUGAGAGAAGAACAAAAUAAUUUAAACAAUAGAUUAUAUUCAUAAUUUGAAACUAGUCCAAAUGAAUGGCAAUUAUAAACACAAAAGCAGAAUAUUUAAUAAGAAUAACAAGGUUCUAAAAAAAGAGGAUCAUAAGUUAAUAGAAUGUUUAAUGAAUUAGGUAUUAAAGAAGUGGAUGAAAUUACUGAAGAUUAAUAUUGA